ACACCAUCAACUGCCUACAUACACACACACACACACACACAGCAAUCACAACCUAGCCUGAGCUCCGAUCGAAGCCACCUCGAGCGGCCCUGGUCAAGAAUGAACAACCCGUUGCUCGCCAUCCAGAGCCAAUACUGGGCCGUACGGGACUACCUCUCCCCAGUCCUCAAAGAAUCCAAAUUCAAAGAACACGGAAGACUCACCCCCGAGGAGUUUGUGGCCGCGGGGGAUUUCUUGAGUUACAAGUUCCCCGUUUGGGGGUGGCAGAAAGGAGAACCAGGCCGUACGAGGGACUUCUUACCGGUUGAUAAACAGUAUCUGGUGACCAGGAACGUGCCUUGUCUUCGACGAGCUACGGCGGUGGAAUACGGGGAUUCGGAGGAAGAUGGCGAGAGGUUGUUGAAUUUCCUGGACGAUGCAGAAGAGGCGCCAGGUCCGGAUGGGAAGACUAGGUCGGGGAAGGUCGUCAAGGACGAUGAAGAUGCUUGGGUGGAGACGCAUGUCGGGAGGACCUCGCACCAGACGAAAUCCGCUGCGGCCCUCGCCGAAAUCCCUGACAUGGACGACGACGACGACGAAACGCCUGACGCGAUCGACCGACUCCCCAACCCUCGCUCCGACGAAGCGCACCUCGGUGACCUGACUGCGGACAUCCUCAACAAGCUCGACCUGGAGAGCGAUGCCAUUCCUGAUAUGGACGAUAUCCCGGAUAUGGACGACGAGUUGGGGGGCGAGGGGGUCAUGUUGGAGGAAGAGGACGAGGCGGCUGCGAAGGGACCGGUCUUGAACCAUCCUAGCGUUCAGGACGUCGAACAAUCGAGGACGAGGGAGAACCUGUUGCAGGUCAGGACGUACGACUGUUUCAUCAGUUACGACAAGCAUUAUCAGACCCCGAGGUUCUGGUUGUUGGGUUACGACGAGAACAAACAACCCUUGACCCCGACCCAGGUGUUCCAGGACGUACCCUCGGACCACGCGUUCAAGACGAUGACCAUGGAGACGUUCCCCCACUCAGGUCAACUGCUCGCGAGCGUCCAUCCUUGCAAGCAUGCGAGCGUGAUGAAGAAGUUUAUCGACAGGAUGGAUGACGCUAAGAAGAACAGCGGCGAUAACAUCAACAACAACAGCAGUGCAAGCGGCUCGCAGGAGGACGUCGGCUCGAACGACAAGGACAAGGCGGAUAAGAAGAAGAAGGGUUGGGGACUCGGCGGGGUGGUCAGGAAGGUCACUGGCGGUUCAGGAUCGGCGGCGAAUGCUGCUUCGGCAGGUGGGGCGUCUUCUUCUGCACAGCCGGCCAAGCAGGAAGAGGUCCAGGGAGUUCAGGUCGAUUUCUACAUGGUCAUCUUCUUGAAGUUCAUCGCUAGUAUCGUCCCUACCAUCGAGGUAGAUAAUACUACCUCCUUCUAGAUUGGUUCUUCAAUUCACGAUGUCGCUCUAGCCAUCCCGGACAGCCUGAGACUUGGUCGAUCUGCAUGGGAAAUUUGAUUCGCCCUGCCGUAUCUGUUCUGAAUUAUAGUUUUAUUGUAUUCGCGAUCGUAAUCGUAUCGUCAUGAUCAUACAUACCCAUUCUCAUCCGAGCA